UCUGCUGCUGCCUGCACUGAAAUAAACUGAAAUAAAGACUCCAGCGCAGAGUUUCUACCGCCACACCGCUUGGUUUUUAAGAUCGUCCCUCUCUGGACUCACCGGGCCUGCAUUUACAUCUGUUAAUAUUCAUAUUAUUUAUUAUUUUUCCAUCCUAAAUCCCGCUGGAGUGUGUCGUCUUUUUAGGAGAGAAAGACUUCCAGGGAUGGAGUCGAUGCCCGGACAGCUUCGAGACGCUGGACGAGACGCCAGCUCUUCCCCGGGUUUAAAGCAGGACGCACAGAGUUUCUCCAGCCCCAGCUCCCUCAAACCAAACCAAGUGAGUGAGACCUCCCUGUACGGGGUACCCAUCGUGUCUCUGGUCAUAGACGGUAAGGAGAGACUCUGCCUGGCGCAGAUUUCUAACACCCUGCUGAAAAACUACAGCUACAACGAGAUACACAACCGCCGGGUCGCUUUGGGCAUCACCUGUGUGCAGUGCACCCCCGUCCAGCUGGAGCUCCUGCGGCGAGCCGGGGCCAUGCCAAUCUCCUCCAGGCGCUGCGGCAUGAUCACCAAACGGGAGGCCGAGAGGCUCUGCAAGUCCUUCCUGGGAGCGCAUAGCCCCCCAAAGCUACCAGAAAAUUUCGCAUUUGAUGUGUCUCAUGAAUGCGCCUGGGGCUGCAGAGGCAGCUUCAUACCCGCCAGAUACAACAGCUCCAGAGCAAAGUGCAUCAAAUGCAGCUUUUGCAACAUGUAUUUCUCCCCAAAUAAAUUCAUUUUCCACUCGCAUCGCACCCCAGAGUCCAAGUAUCUGCAGCCGGACGCGGCCAACUUUAAUUCGUGGAGACGCCACCUGAAACUGACAGAAAAAAAACCAUCUGAUGACAUUAACCACGCAUGGGAGGAUGUUAAGGCCAUGUUCAACGGGGGGAGUAGAAAGAGGACUCUGCCCAUGAGCGGGUCGGGAAUGUCUUCACCGAUGAAAUCACAGGCCUCGUCCAGCCUUGCCCAAACCAGUUCCCCUGAGAUCCCUCACAAAACUUUACGGUGCGACGAGGAUCAGGGGAAUAAUAACUUGAGUUUGGCGGGCGGCGCACGGAGCUAUCCAGUCAUCCCAGUGCCCAGCAAGAGCUUUGGCAUGCUUCAGAAAAUCCCCCCACCUCUGUUCCCCCACCACCCCUAUGGCUUCCCCAGCUAUGGGCUGUGUCAGAAAAAGAGUGACGGUGUGCCUGAUGCGAACAAAACCAAUGUGUCUGGUGUGUUUUGGCCUGGCGCAAAGGACACACUCUACCCUACUUUCCCCAUGUUUUGGCCUACACCCGGCGGCCUCCCCUUGCCGCCCUACCCGGGGUCUGCACCAAAACCUCCUCCUGAGCUGCCAGGCAUCCGGCAGGGCGAGCUCGACUUAUCGGACCAAAGCGACCGGGGCGCAAACACACCCAAAGACACCCUCCACCCUCACCAGCAGCUGGACGGCGGAGAGCGCUGUCCCAGCUCCCAGUCCUCCUCCACCAGGAACGACGAGGACAAAUCCGGGGACGAGACCUCCCAGAGGAAAAUCAGCUACAUUUCGGCCUUCAGACCCGUGGUCAAAGACGCAGAGACCAUCGCCAAACUCUACGGUAACCGGGACAGCUACGGCGUGCGCCCUGGCUACCUGUCCCCGGAUUUUAUCAGCGAGAGCUCUAGUUACAGAUCGAUAUCACCGGACAGAGACAGCGUGGUGGACGACGACGAUGACCCAGACGUGGAUGUGGAAUCCAACCGGGGCCAAGACGAUGAGGACACGAUCCAGAUCUCACCGGGAGGAGACCACCAUGACUCCCACGUGCCGGACCGAGUCCCCGCGUCUGCUGAGGAGAGCCAGGAGCAUCCUGAUCCCUCCAGCCCCGGAGCAGCAGCAGCAUCACCGGAGGACUCCGCGCACACUGGGUCAUCAGAUGAGGACAGACAGAUGCGUAAUGGCUCUCCUCUUCAUGAAGUGUACGCGCAUGAAAAGGAGAAGGAGCCCUCGUCGUUUGGGUCCAAACAAUCGAGCAGCCCCCGCAGAUCCAACGGUGCUCAUCACGUGUCUGAUGUACAGAACCCGCGCUCUGCAGCUUCCUGUCAGGAGCAGAGGGACAGACAAGCCGAUGGAGCUUUGCGCAUCGACAUCAGCGUGCAUGAAAGAGACCUGGAGAACAUGGCUAAAGAGGAACUGCAGAAGCAGCUCGUGGAGCAAGUGGAGCUGAGGAAAAAGUUGGAGAGAGAAUUUCAGCAUUUAAAAGAUAAUUUUCAGGAUCAAAUGAAGCGUGAGCUGUCCUACAGAGAGGAAAUGGUCCAGCAGCUGCAGAUUGUUCGAGACACUUUGUGCAGCGAGUUGGACCAAGAGAGAAAGGCUCGUUAUGCAAUACAGCAGAAGCUAAAAGAAGCUCAUGACGCCCUUCACCAUUUCUCCUGUAAGAUGCUCUCCCCUCGUCAGUGUACCGGAGCCUGCACCUUCAAACCCCCGCUGCUGCCUCCCUAGUUCCCCGGCACGACCCUGCACCUGACCCCAGUUCAGCCAAAAAAAAAAAAACCCCACACACACACACAGGUCCGCCUCGAGAGCUCUGAUGUGUUCACCUCCCACCUGUAACCCAAGGAUUAACGACCUGCUGUAUAGAUACACCACCGAUUUUAGCACUUGAGUGAAUACGUCGAGGCUCAGAGAAGAUUUUGACAGCGACGUCUCCUCGAAAGACUCAACUCUUGAGUAAAAGAGAUCAGGAUUUACUUAAACAUGGAGUUCGUUUUAUGUUGUGAAACAAAGGAUUGUUGAUCUGAACCUGCGAAGCUGAAACCAAGGAGUGUCUCUGAAUCAAAGCCGUCUGCUCUUUAGCUAUUCUGAAAAGAAAAAAAACAACACUAUAUACAUAUACAUAUAUAUAUAUAUAUAUAUAUCACGUGACAAUGUGCAAUGGCUUGUAUAAUUGUGAUAUUAAGUUCAAAAUGUAUCUCAUUAUUUAGCUUUUGUUGACUGUUUGAAUAUCUUGAGUUUUUACAUAUAUUUGUUAUUUAUCUGUCUUUGGUUUAAUUUAUUGUCUAGGUUAUUUGUAACACUGCAUAUGUUGUUAAGCACUUUAAAUGGGCGACAUUUUUGAAUUUGAUCAUGCCAUCCUAAACCAAAUUCUGUGAUCCGCAGUAGAAGGAUCUUUUCGUUUUAAAUGGAGCACAUUAUUGUGAGCACUUACUACAACAGCCGAUCAGGUUUGACAUCAAACAAUAAAACACUUUCUUUCACCGAGUUGUGUGUCAUACAAACUUUGAAGUGAUCAUUAAAAAAAAACAAAAAAAAAACAGUCUUGAGCCAUUUAUAGAUAUCAUGUACAGUUUAGAGUAUUUUAACACAAAUCUGAUCCCAUAAUUCUCUCUGUUUCAGGGUUUUUUCUAUCAUCACAUGCAUCUGUGAGUCGCAACAGACAAAACCAAAACUUUUUCCUAUCAUCUGAUGGUCUUUUUAUAAGAGGAAGACUCUGUAUGAGAUAUGUGUAAACUGCCAUUCACACAGCUGCAUUUAAUUUUUCUCCCAUUUGUUUGAAUUUGGUUUGUAAUUAAAAAAAAAUACAAAGAGCAGUUCUAAAAGAAAUGAAUCCUGGUUUCUGACACAGUCUAACCAUAAUUUUACCAUUUCUGUAUGUAUCCAUGUCAAUAUUAAUAAAAUGUGA